AUGGACAAAGAUCUUGACAACGCGAACCCGACCAUUCUGAGCGCGGCUCAGCUGCCGACACGUCAGAACAAGCGCACGGCGCCCAAGACCGGCCCCGAGCACAUGUUUGACGACAUCAUUUACGCCAAGCCCUGGUACCUCAGUCAGCCCUUCUGCGACGAUGAAUCGCUAUGGUCUGACGCCGACACCGAGCUUGACAAGUGGGCUCCUGAACCCAUCGACGAGCAAGAAAUCUAUGACUUGAUAUCAACAAUCUCUGAUCCAGAGCACCCCCUCUCCCUGGGGCAGCUGGCCGUCGUUAAUUUGCCUGACAUCCACAUCAGCCCUCCUCCCCAGGCGGGCGCCAUGGACCCCAACAGGCUGGUUCGGGUUUUGGUUGAAUUGACGCCGACCGUCUCACACUGCUCCCUCGCCACCGUGCUCGGCCUCGGCGUUCGCGUGCGCCUGGAGAAGGCAUUGCCUCCUAACUGGCGCGUGGACGUCAGAGUCAAGGAGAACGCGCACGCCCAGGAUGACCAGGUCAACAAGCAACUCAGCGACAAGGAGCGCGUCGCCGCUGCGCUGGAGAACGAUACCCUAAAGGGGGUGCUCGACAAGAUGCUUGAGACUUGUGUCUGA